GGAUUUGUUAUUUUGAUUUAUGCGUUUCUUGCAUAAUUCGAACGAAAACGGUUUGAACACAAUUGUUUUAAUCCAAAAUAUGUUCUGCUUUACUUACGUUAAUUAGUUUCAGAUGAAAGCCUCGAUAAAUCUACUUGAAAAUUCGAUAGUCUCUUUAAAAAAGCAAAAUCAUUUCAUGUUUAUACACUGCAUACAAUGCAAAAGGCGUCGCGAAUAAAAACGAUUGCGAACGAAAUCGAUGACGCGUCGCGUAUUGCUCAAUCGCGUAUCGACUCGUAAAAUCGCUAUCAGCUCGUUAAUGCGAUUUAACAUUUUUUUCAAUUGUUGAUAUUAUUGUCGUCGGCCCGCGAGUAUAGCCGAAACCCGAAACAGCGGCGACGGUGAUAGUAGCAGUAGCAGCAGAAGCAGCACAUGUCAGACGCAGACAGAAAUUGCCACGCGCAAUCAUAGGCUUAAUACAUAUACGAUUCGCUAAGCCGCCAGCUGGCGACUGCCGCCGCGCUGUCAUCAGCUCCGAUUUGCAACAACAUAUAUAGUAGCGCACACCGACCAUCUCUCUCUGUGUACACGGUUGCGUGUUGAGUUUUUUGCCGUCGACUCGAUCUCGCAGUAGCGACAACCGUAACCAUCUUACGGGGUUAUUGACGAGUGGCAGCAUAUCUAUUUCCGUGUUCACGCCAAAAACUACCUUGGAGUUUUUGCUGCCACUGCUGUUGCUUUUGCUGGUCUGCUGCGCUUGUCCAUGUACAGGUUCACGGGCUCGUCGUUUCAACUUUGACACCAAACCCGCCGCACGGACCGCCGCCGUUCACAAACGCAGGAUGUCUCUCGAAGUCCGUAUCGUGGAUAGUUAUCACAUAAUGCCCAACAAGAGCGAGGCGGAUUUGACGCCUGAGGAGAGGCAAAGGAUCGAACACAUAAAGAUGCACGAGAUGCAUCGUGGACACGAGGCUAUGCACUCGGAAAUGGUCCUGAUUUUAAUUGUUACGGUUAUCAUCAGUGAAAUGAUCCUUAUUACUUGGAAACAGAGGCAUUACAGGUCUUAUCAGUUUGUUACAUUGAUGGCAAUGUGGUUAAUUCCAUUUGGGCUCUGUAUGAAAAAUUUAUGGUGGAGGUUCAUAUUUUUCUGGUUGUUAUUUUCUUGUAUUACUGGAUUAGUAGUAAGAAAAUCAAUUCAACGACCCAUGUCUGGUAACACACCUAGGCUAGUCUAUAAAUGGUUUUAUUUUAAUUACAAAUUAAGUUACGUCUUGGGAAUAAUUGGUUACUUUGUUAUGAUGGCAACUUUCUUCGGCUUGAAUAUUGUUUUUGAUGUAAAGCCUCAUGUUUGGAUGGACGUUGGAACGCUGUUAAUUUUUUACGGCCUUUACUUUGGAGUUCUGGGCAGAGACAUUGCAGAAAUAUGUGCUGACAAGAUGGCAGCUCAUAUUGGAUACUAUAAUCCUGGAAGUAUGCCAACAAGAACUUUGGAUCCUAAAAUUUGUGCAGUAUGUGGUAAUAAAUUACUAGUUUCUGAGCAUGAAGAAGGUGUUCUUGAAAAUACUUAUAAGCUUAGCUGUAAUCACGUUUUUCACGAAUUUUGUAUUCGAGGAUGGUGCAUCGUAGGAAAAAAACAAAUUUGCCCUUAUUGCAAAGAAAAAGUUGACUUGAAAAAAAUGUUUCAUAAUCCAUGGGAAAGGCCUCAUGUUCUUUACGGACAAUUACUUGACUGGCUUAGGUGGCUUGUUGCAUGGCAACCAGUCAUUCUUUUUGUAGUACAAUGCAUUAAUUGGAGCCUUGGUCUUGAAUAGGUAAAUCAGUGAUAAACUUCAUUAUAAUCUCAAAAAACCUUUGACUUGGCAGUUAUUGUCAGAGAAAUAUUUUUGAAGAAUUCAAUGAAUUUGAAAAAUUGAGAGCAUAUGAAAGCUCAUAGAUCAAAUGAAUUUUGCUACAUAGAGGUUCAUUUUUUUAUAAAGUCUACAACUAUAAAAGUUAACAGUUAAUGACUUAUGCCAUGGUAUCUUGUAAAAAUAAACCAUCAACUUAAUUAUUGUGAUCAACAAUUUUUUCUAUUUAACAAAAACUAGUUGCUUUAUUUCUUUGAAAUAUAUACAUUGUUUAUAGUAAAUAGACUCUUUUAUCUUUGUAUAAUAAAAUGAAGCAACUUUAGAUUCAAUUUAAUAAUAAAAAUAACAUUCAUUCCAACAUUCAAACGCAAUGACUAAGCUUUCUAUAUAAAGUUUUAAAUAUUAAUUAAUUGAAGUGUUCAUGAAAAGUUAUGGAAAUUUAUUAUGAUUUUUUGAUGGGGUUGUAAUUAUCUUUUACUCUAGUCGAAAUGUAUUUUCUGUAUAAAAAAAUAGGUAAAUAUAGUUAAAAUCUAUUGUCUAAUGAAACACUUGUGAAAAGAUGUAUCUGCAUUUUUAGUGUAUUUUUCUUUAGACAAAUGAAAAAUGUAACUUUAUGCAACGUUAUUGGUAAUAUUUUUAUGCUAUUAUGCAAUUAUUUACUUGCAUUAUUUAUAAAUACUUUUUGUAAUCCAAAUUAGUUAUUUGUUAAAUAUUUUUCAAACGUUUUAGUUGGAUGACUGAACUGAUACACAAACUAUUUUGAAGAUAAUAAAUUGUAACCAAAGAAUUAUAUAAAUUAUACUUAUAAAUUCCAAUUAUAAAAUUAUAAAAUAUAAAAAACAUGUGCAUCGCCGAACGACUGUAAUAUUUUAUGCGAUGCGUGCUACUCAAUAUAGCCACAAUCUGUUGAUAAGAAAAUCUAUUCAUCGACCAAAUUUAAUCAUUUGAAUUAAAAUCCUUUUUCAAUGUUGUACAUGUGAACAAUCCAAUUUGUCUUUGUCAUAAAAGUAACAAAAUACAAUUAAAUCGUGUAUUUUUAAAUAUUUGUACAAUUUAUAACAUUUUAAAAAUGUCAAGCGAAUCCAAUUCAGGAUAUCUUCUAAAUAGUGUGUAUUAAUAUAAUUAUAUGGUUAUGUUUCUGAGCAUAAAUGUGUGACUUUUGUCCAAUUUAUAUUGUACAUUCGUCCUGAAUAUAUUUAUAAAGAUUGUAAAGAGUUCAACUGUUGACUUAUACUCGUUCUCACUCUUGUUAUUAAUCGAAGUCAAGAUACACAACAAUUUUCGUCCGAACAUUUUGACAGUUGUAAUUAUGGAAAACAUGUUGAAAAACGUUUUUGUUAUAUACACUGCCAAAUGCAUAUUUGUUGCACGUUCCUUUGAAACUGUACAAUCGAUAUAAAUUGAAUUAUUAUAGUAUAUGAAUGCGCAUAAGUAUACUUUAUUUUGACAUGUUAGUAAAAAUAAUUUCUUGUAAAAUAAUAAAGAAUUUAAAAUUAUCUACGA